AUGAUCAGAAUCCAUGCACAAGGACUGAAAGCAGGCACCAAGAAGCAGAAGUAUGAGAAAAUUAGUGAGAAAAAAGUUUCUGAGAAAAUUAGUGAGAAAAAAGUUUCUACAUCUAUUGAGGCAUUAUGCUGUGGAUAUCCAUCAGAGUUUGCAUCAUAUUUUCGUUACUGCCGAUCACUUCGUUUUGAUGAUAAGCCAGAUUAUGCUUAUCUGAAAAGAAUAUUUCGUGAUCUUUUUAUUCGUGAAGGUUUCCAGUUUGAUUAUGGUGUCGGUGCUGGAACCAGUUCUGGAAUUCCUCCUAGUAUAGCAAAUGCUGAUAAACAGACAGGAAAAUGUCAAGAAGAAGCAUCCUCAUCAGAACUUAAAUCAUAUGCUUCUCAAGUGAUUGAUGGUACACUUGACAUGAACGAGGAUGAGAUUUUCAGCAAAAAGACAAAGAUUUCAGUUCUUGAACUAUCAAAAUUACAAGAUUCACACAAAAUGACAGUAGCAAAGUAUGAGGUGGAGAAGUUCGAUGGUAAAGGGGAUUUCAGUCUUUGGAAGGCUAAAACCAGAGCCAUUCUCAGUCACCAAAAGGCUCACAAGGCUCUAUUUGAUCCAUCCACUCUUCCAAACACUGUGAUAGCUCAAGAAAAGGAUGAUUGA